AUGCUCAAGAAGGACGGCACCGGUCUCGACUCUGAAGCAGUUAUCGACGAGGCCGGCAACAUCAAGAUCUUCCUGACACUCAAGAAGCCUCUUCCUGAGCUACCAGCAGACUAUGCUCUGCCAGUGGAAGAGUAUGCGCUUGAUCUGCGCCCCGAGGCACCACCGGUGGGGCCAAUGUACAUUGUCGUCUACCUACCGUAUCUGUCUCUGGCUCUACGCCUCAUCUUAUCGCACGGACACCACGUGCGCAUCGCCACCCAUACCACCUUCAAAGACUUUAGCUUGGAGGAGCAUCUUUCGUUCUUUGAUGUCGGGGGUGAUCCUCAUGAGCUCAUGGCGUACAUGGUGAAGAAUCCCGGACUACUGCCAGGCAUCGAGUCUCUCACGAAUGGUGACAUUGGGUCAAAACGCAAAAUGACGGGUCGUAUGCUCGAAAAGUUCUACGAAGCCACCUACAAGCCCGACCCUCUCACUCAAAAGCCCUUUGCAGCGGACGCUAUUCUGAGCAAUCCCCCCGCCUUUGCACAUAUCCAUGUGGCGGAGGCUUUGGGCAUACCUGUGCACCUAACAUUCACAAUGCCGUGGUCGCCGACGACUUCAUUCAGCCACCCCUUGGUCAAAGUGCAGCAAAGUAACGCUGAGCCAGGCCUCACAAAAUACCUCUCUUAUGCUUUUGCUGAGCAAAUGACAUGGCAAGGUCUCGGAGACGUCAUAAACAAAUGGCGCCGCAAGCAGCUCAACCUCGAUCCUCUCUUGGGACUCUCAGGACCUUCCAUCCUGGAUCGGCUCAAGGUACCUUGGACGUAUUGCUGGAGUGAUGCGUUCAUUGCAAAGCCAGACGAUUGGAAAGAGCACAUUGAUGUAUCGGGGUUCUACUUUAUGCCCAGUGAUACCGAUUAUGAGCCGACUGCUGAGCUCAAACGAUUCCUGGCUUCCGGGCCACCUCCCAUGUACAUAGGAUUUGGUUCAGUAGUGGUUGACGAUCCCGAGGCCAUGACAAGGACGAUAUUCGAAGCUGUUGAAUCCAACAAGAUGAGAGCUAUCGUCAGUGCCGGUUGGGGCGGCCUUGGCAACACCAAUGUCCCCCGAAGCGUCUAUAUCAUGAAGGAAAGUGUACCUCAUGAUUGGCUUUUCGCAGAAGGAAGAGUAUCGAUGGUGUGCCAUCAUGGUGGCGCUGGAACAUGCGCUAUAGGUCUCAAAGAAGGACUGCCCACCAUCAUCGUACCCUUCUUUGGGGAUCAACCCUUCUGGGGCGCUAUGGUCCACCAAGCCGGUGCUGGUCCCAGUCCUAUCAAGCCCAAGAACUUCAACCUGGAAACUCUUUCCUCGGCCAUUCGCUAUACCCAAUCACAAUCUGCCGUCACUGCCGCCCGCGCCAUUGCCUCCAAAAUUAGCGCCGACGACGGUGAAGCCAAGGGUGUCGAAUCUUUCCAUAAACACUUGCCCCUCCUUGCCAUGCGCUGCGACGUCGCCCAGUCAAAGAUUGCUAUUUGGUGGUCUGAUGAGUUGUUUCUGCGAUUGUCGGCGGGCGUCGCAGCGGUGUUGGUGGAGCAAAAGAUUACGAGUUGGGAAAAGUUGAGACCGUAUAGGUCAAAAGAGUAUGAUACGAGAAAGGCGAUCACGGACCCUGUGAGCGGGGGAGCAACAGCUGUCUUGGAGAUUGUGACGGAUGCUUCUGAAGGCGUCUUUCAGAUCUUUAGCACCAAACCGCAUAUUGGCAUAAUCAAAACAGCCACCAUAGCUCCACGUGCCAUCGUCACCGGUGUCCGACUCGUCCAUGAGGGCAUGGAAAACAUGCCCCGCCUCGUCGGGUCCAAAUCCCGACCCCAGGCCGAUGUGACAGAUACCAGCAGCGGGUUCCGUGAGGGCCUUCGAGGUUUUGCAUACGGAGUCGGAGAUGGCAUCAGUAGUCUUUUGACUGAACCGUUCCGGGGCGCAAAGGAGGAAGGGGCCGUGGGGUGGGUCAAGGGGAUGGGAAGGAGCUAUGUCAGUGUAGCUAUGCUGCCCGCCGCGGGGGCCCUUGGACUCGUCGCCUUGCCCAUGAAAGGGGCCUCUAAAUCGCUCCAUACCUUCAUGUACGGCCGCCAAGAAAAGGUACUCAAACCGCCUCGCCAAGCUAUCAGCAUCGAGCAAGGCUAUAAACUUCAGCCGGCAGAGAAGAAGAGAAUCUUAAAGUUGUAUAAAGAUGCGCUAGAGAGUGACGAGAUCAAGGAGCGGCAAGAGGUGAUGAAGAAGGUCGGAAAGUAG